AUGAGAGUUCUCCCAGCUACCUUGCUGGUUGGAGCAGCCACGGCGGCGGUUCCUCCCUUCCAGCAGAUCCUAGGGUUGCCUAAGAAGGGAGCCGACACACUGUCCAAGCCGCUCCAUGACUUCCAGGAGCAGCUCAAGACCCUCUCAGAUGAUGCUCGUCGUCUGUGGGAUGAAGUAGCCAAGCACUUCCCCGACAGCAUGGACCACAAUCCCGUGUUCUCUUUGCCCAAGAAGCACACCCGUCGUCCCGAUUCGCACUGGGACCACAUUGUCCGUGGUGCUGAUGUGCAGAGCGUCUGGGUCACUGGUGCCAACGGUGAGAAGGAGCGUGAGGUUGAUGGCAAGCUUGAGGCCUACGAUCUGAGGGUCAAGACGACCGAUCCCGGUGCUCUUGGUAUCGAUCCAGGUGUCAAGCAGUACACUGGUUAUCUGGACGAUAAUGAGAAUGAUAAGCAUCUGUUCUAUUGGUUCUUCGAGUCUCGUAAUGAUCCCAAGAACGACCCCGUCGUUCUGUGGCUGAACGGCGGUCCUGGCUGUUCUUCCCUCACUGGCCUGUUCUUGGAGCUCGGCCCCAGCAGCAUCGACUCGAAGAUCAAGCCGGUUUACAAUGACUUCGCGUGGAACUCGAACGCUUCGGUUAUCUUCCUUGACCAGCCCGUCAAUGUCGGCUAUUCCUACAGUGGCUCUGCUGUCAGCGACACUGUUGCUGCGGGUAAGGAUGUUUACGCCCUCCUUACCCUCUUCUUCAAGCAGUUCCCCGAGUAUGCGAAGCAAGACUUCCACAUUGCCGGAGAGUCUUAUGCUGGUCAUUACAUCCCGGUCUUUGCCUCCGAGAUCCUCUCUCACAAGAAGCGUAACAUCAACUUGAAGUCCGUCCUCAUCGGUAAUGGUCUUACCGAUCCUCUGACCCAGUAUGAUCAUUACCGCCCCAUGGCUUGUGGUGACGGUGGCUACCCCGCUGUGCUAGAUGAGGCCAGCUGCCAGUCGAUGGACAAUGCUCUGCCUCGCUGCAAGUCGAUGAUUGAGUCUUGCUACAACACCGAGAGCUCCUGGGUUUGCGUCCCUGCCUCUAUCUACUGCAACAAUGCCCUCAUUGGUCCUUACCAGAGAACUGGCCAGAACGUCUACGACGUCCGUGGCAAGUGUGAGGAUGAGAGCAACCUUUGCUACAAGGGCAUGGGCUACGUUAGCGAGUAUUUGAACAAGCGCGAGGUCCGUGAAGCUGUCGGUGCUGAGGUGGAUGGCUACGACUCCUGCAACUUUGACAUCAACCGCAACUUCCUCUUCCACGGUGACUGGAUGAAGCCCUACCACCGCCUUGUUCCUGGUCUUCUGGAGCAGAUCCCCGUCCUGAUCUAUGCCGGUGAUGCUGAUUUCAUCUGCAACUGGCUGGGCAACAAGGCCUGGAGUGAGGCUCUGGAGUGGCCUGGACAGAAGGAGUAUGCCUCUGCUGAGCUGGAGGACCUCGUCAUUGAGCAGAACGAGCACCAGGGGAAGAAGAUUGGCCAGAUCAAGUCGCACGGUAACUUCACCUUCAUGCGUCUCUACGGCGGAGGCCACAUGGUUCCCAUGGACCAGCCCGAGGCCAGUCUUGAGUUCUUCAACCGCUGGAUCGGAGGUGAAUGGUUCUAG